CUUUCGUCUUUUGCAUUUAGUCUGCGAGGCGUGGAAGAAAAAUAGAAUCAAGAUCCUUCCUCUCCUUUUCCUUCCCCACUCUUUUGUUUUUGUUCAUCUUCUGUAUCUGAAUCCCUCCUUUUCAAUUCUUGCCUUAAUGAAGCCAUUACUUUCCUAUUUUUCUUUAAUGGCUGAGCUAGCUUCAACUCUCAAGCUCUGAGGCUGUUUGCGUCUACUGUGUGUGGAUUGGGGGAAAAAGAAGAAGAAGAAGCAGAGCAGAUGGGAUUGAUCCCAGGGACCAGGCCGCCAUUGCACAAGCCUGGAAAGGGCGUAUCUUCAAGAUGGGUCUUCUUGCUUUGCAUUGCAAGCUUUUGCUUCGGUGUUCUUAUAGUCAACAGGUUGUGGUCAGUAGCCAUCACAACGGUAGAGGGGGGGGGUUCUCCAGAACAGCUAAAGUCAGGAGGUUCUCACCCUGUUGCUAAGUGCCAACAUAAUAAGGAAAGAGAUAUACUAACCCGGGUUUCUCAAACUCACAAUGUGAUAAUGGAGUUGGAUAAAACAAUAUCAACUCUGGAAAUGCAGCUUGCUUCAGCCAGAGCUGCUAAAGAACACAAGGGGGGAAAAGAUGACUUUGUUGAAGGAAAACUAGGGAGUGAACCUUUGACUGAUCGUCCAAAACAUUUUUUUGUCAUGGGAAUCAUGACAGGUUUCAGCAGCAGAAAGCGGAGAGAUUCAGUUAGAGAAACUUGGAUGCCUGGAGGGGAAAAUCUGAUGAAGUUGGAAAAAGAAAAAGGUAUUAUAAUACGUUUUGUGAUAGGCCACAGUGCUGCUCGAGAUGGAGUCUUGGAUCGUGCCAUUGAUGCUGAAGAGGCACAACAUAAAGAUUUCUUAAGACUGAAUCAUGUAGAGGGAUAUCAUGAAUUACCCACAAAAACACAAAUAUACUUUUCAACUGUUUCUGCACAAUGGGAUGCUGACUUCUAUAUCAAAGUUGAUGAUGAUGUGCAUGUCAAUCUUGGUAUAGUGGGGUCAAUAUUAGCUCGCCAUCGUUCUAAACCCCGUAUUUAUGUUGGUUGCAUGAAGUCUGGACCCGUUCUUGCACAAAAAGGUGUUAAGUAUCAUGAACCGGAAUACUGGAAAUUUGGUGAGGAGGGUAACAAGUACUUUAGGCAUGCAACUGGACAAAUAUAUGCUAUCUCCAAGGAUUUGGCUACUUAUAUAUCUAUUAACAGGAACAUACUUCAUCGAUUUGCAAACGAAGAUGUUUCUCUAGGGUCUUGGUUUAUUGGCCUCGAUGUAGAGUAUAUAGAUGACCGGAGCCUAUGCUGUGGGACACCCCCUGAUUGCGAGUGGAAGUCACAGGCAGG